AUGACCACUCUUAACGUCCUUAUCAGCGGAGCGGGAAUCGCAGGUCCAGUUCUAGCCUUCUUCCUGUCGCAAGCUGGCCACAAAGUCACCAUCAUCGAGCGUUCUCCUACACCUCGCCUGGGAGGACAAAGUGUUGAUAUCCGUGGCCAUGGGAUCUCGCUUGUCCGUCGAAUGGGAGUUGAAGCGGCUGUUCGCUCUCACAUCACCAAUGAAAAGGGUAUGAUGUUUGUGGACGACCUAAACCGGAAUAAAGGAGCCUUUCCUGUUGGAGACGGAAAGGGAUUCACCUCUGAGGUGGAGAUUAUGAGAGGGCAUCUUGCCAGUGUCUUCUACGACGCCACCAAGGAUGAUGUGGAGUAUGUGUUUGGAGAGUGUGUGAAAACCAUCAAGGAGGACACUGAUGGGGUGGAAGUGGAGUUUGAGAAUGGCUUGCCAUCAAGACGAGUUGAUGUGCUUGUGGGUUGUGAUGGGUUGGGAAGCCGUACGAGGAAACUAGCAUUCGGUUCUGAAAUUUCGAACGCUGCCAUCAAUGAUCUUGGACUCUGGUCUUGCUUCUACACCAUUCCAUACCAGCCCGAGGACGAUGGCUGGGCUCGAUGGUUCCUUUUACCACUCCGAAGAAGUAUAUUGUUCAGACCCGACAACAAGAAGAUCAGUCGACCAAGCCUCUCUUGCAUGCCGGAAGACGACAGAUUCGACAAGGUCAUGAAAGCAGACGUCAACACUCAAAAAGCACUUUGGACAGAGCUCUUCUCAGACUUGACCUGGAAGAAGGACAGACUUCUCGAUGGCCUCCAACAGACAGAUGAAUUCUACAUGCAAAAGGUAGCGCAAAUCAAGCUCCCCAACGGCUGGUCCAAAGGCCGAAUUACCCUGGUCGGCGAUGCAGGAUACUCGCCAUCUCAGGUAACUGGAAUGGGAACCACACUCGCCAUUGUGGGAGCCUACAUACUCGCUGGAGAGCUCUCGAAAAAUACAGAUGAUGUUCCUGCAGCACUUCAGGCUUAUCAAAUUGGGAUGAAGGACUUUGUGGAUCGUGCGCAGAAGUUGCCUCCUGGUGUGCCUUGGAUCCUUCAUCCCAAGUCUGCAUGGGGAAUCUGGCUGGCUCAUCUGAUCUUUGGAUUCGUCAGCUGGAGUGGACUUGCGAACUUGUUUGGUGGUGAGCCGCCUGCGAGUGGCAUGGAUUUGCCGGAGUAUAUAUUUAGGGAGGAGAUUCAGUCAUGA